GUUUUGGCCAAUCUAUUGGAUUACUUUGUAUUUAUAUAAAGUAAUCUUCUAAUGUUUAACUAACAUAAAACUAAUUGUGUAACGAUACAUUUUAAACUAAAUUUGUGCUUUUUACUAGAGCAAUGAUUACUCAGUACCUGUUUUCUCGAUUCUUCAAUUUUAAUAAUGCUAAAUUAAUGAUCUUCAAAAGAGGACAUGGCAUCGAAUCACUUCCAGAGAAGAUGCGUCAAUAUAUCAUAACUACCUGUGAGCUAACCACUCCCAAGGAGAUCCAUUUCUGCGACGGUUCCGAAAAGGAAAUGAAAAUUUUCAUUAAGAAAAUGAUGAGUGAUGGCACGAUUGUACCCUUACCCAAGUAUUGCAACUGCUACCUAGCUAGGACGGAUCCAAGAGAUGUAGCUCGUGUCGAAUCUAAAACAUCCAUUACCACGAAGGAUAAGAGGGAUACGAUCCCCGAACCGGCUGAAGGAGUGGUAGGAAAACUCGGUAAUUGGAUGUCUCCUGAAGAAAUGGACUGCCAUAUCAAUACAAAGUUCAAAGGUUGUAUGAAAGGAAAGAUCAUGUAUGUGAUACCCUUCUCCAUGGGACCUCCAGGAGGUCCUUUGUCAAAGAUGGGAAUUCAGAUAACCGACUCGACUUAUGUUGCAGCUGCAGCAGGGGUUAUGACAAGGAUGGGUGAAAAAGUGAGCAAACUAAUGAAUGAAUCUAACCAGAAUGAGAUUGUUCGUUGUACACAUUCCGUUGGAGUACCAGAGGACUCAUCAUCUAAAAAACCUAAUCCGUGGCCGUGUAAUCCAGAAAAAACCCUUAUAAUGCACAAACCUGAUGAAAAGCUUAUUGUGAGUUUCGGAAGUGGCUAUGGUGGAAAUUCUUUGUUAGGUAAAAAAUGUUUUGCAUUAAGGAUCGGUUCUACCAUAGCUAAAAGUGAAGGUUGGUUAGCAGAACAUAUGUUGAUAAUGGGAAUAACUCCACCAAAAGGAGAAAAGAAAUAUAUUUGCGCUGCGUUCCCAUCUGCGUGUGGUAAGACAAAUUUAGCUAUGUUGACUCCAAAGGUUCCAGGGUAUAAGAUAGAGUGUGUUGGAGAUGAUAUUGCAUGGAUUAAAUUUAAUCCGAAAACAAAAAUGUUUCAUGCGAUCAACCCCGAAAACGGAAUAUUUGGUGUAGCUCCAGGUACCUCAUGUGCAAGUAAUCCUAAUGCAAUGCGUACGAUAUUCAAAGAUACUAUGUUCACUAAUACUGCACUAACUAGUGAUGGUGGGGUGUGGUGGGAAGGAAUGGAAGAUGUGGAUGAAGGUGUAACAAUUAUAGAUUGGCAUGGAAAACCCUGGGAUCGCAAGAAACCAGCUUCUCAUCCUAAUGCGAGGUUCUGUGCUCCUGCUCGAAAUCUUCCUAUCAUAGAUCCGAACUGGGAGUCACCGGAUGGUGUUCCAAUAUCAGCAAUACUGUUUGGUGGAAGAAGGCCAGAAGGAGUGCCCUUGAUCUAUCAAAGCUUUUCUUGGGAGCAUGGAGUUCUUAUUGGAGCGAUGAUGAGGUCAGAGGCAACAGCGGCCGCCGAGCACAAAGGAAAAAAUGUGAUGAAUGAUCCAUUUGCGAUGAGGCCAUUUUUUGGUUAUAAUUUCGGCCAUUACAUUCAGCAUUGGCUUGACAUGCCCAAGUUACAUGAAGGUAUUAAACUUCCAAAAAUAUUUCAUGUUAACUGGUUUCGCAAAAGUAAAGACGGGAAAUGGCUGUGGCCUGGAUAUGGCGAUAAUAUUAGAGUCCUCGACUGGGUUUUAAGAAGAGUUUCCAGCGAUGAUGAUUCUAUAGCUGUAAAAACGCCAAUCGGAUUUGUUCCAAAAGAGGAUUCCAUAAAUGUUGAAGGGCUGAGUGACGUCAAUCUAAAAGAAGCACUGUCUGUGCCUGUCGAUUUUUGGAAACAGGAGAUUGAAUCUGGCACUAAAUAUUUCUGUGAUCAGAUGCCUAAAGAUACUCCAGAUCAAAUGUGGAAAGAACUAAAAGAACUGAGAAAGAGAUUAGAGAAAGGCCACUAAUAAUAAAGUAUUAAUU